UCGCUCCAAGUUCCCUCCCUCGCGCCCUGGCGAAGGCUGCCCGAGCCCUCCCACUCGGCGCAGACCGAGCCGCCGCGGCCGCCGCCGCCAGCCGGGCCCUCCGCCGCCCCGCGCCCCAGGCCUCCUCGGCCGGCCCCGUCCGCGCUCCGCCCUCCCGCGGCCCCGGCGGCCCGGCCCCCGUCCCUCGCGGGCCCCGACUCCUUGUCUCCGCAGCCCCCGGAGCCCGGAGCCCGGCUCGGGCCGCACCGCCCGCGGCCGGGGAGAGCGGCCGAGCCAUCUCCAACUGGACAUCCAGGGCACCUCUCCUGUUCUUUCUGAGUCUUCAAUUGGAAGCUAGCAAGACUGUACGGCCUGAAAGGGAAAUCAAAGGUGCCUUGGGCCUGUUGAGAUCCAGCCCCAGUCAGAUGAAGCCUUCCCUUAUAUUUCGUGCAGCAGAGAGUACUUUAAGAGAGGAAGGAGUCCCUGUGACUUCUGCCUGCAAUCCGUAAAAUACUCAGUCCUCUUUCAACAGCAACACUGCCUUUCUUCUCGUCCGUCGGCCCCGGCAGGUGCUCUGUGCCCCGAGCCCAGCUCGGGCUCCCGGGAGGGUCCGUACAGGUACUGCCCUCACCCCCAGGAGUGCUGGCCCCUGCCACUGCUGUAGCGCCGUCAUCAUCUCCAGAGGUCUCCUCCGAUGUCCCGGGCCAGCUCUGCCUGCAGUCGAACACAAAGACCUGGAGGAGACUCCCACAUCCUUCGGGGAGGAGAAAGGAGGCGGCGAAGCAGCUGAAAGGAACUUGGGGCUUGGGGCCUUUCCGCACCGGGCGGCCGGCGAGGCGGCGAGGGAACUAAAGCCGCGGGGCGGUGAACGAGCCGGGAGAUGAGGCGCUGCCGCCGCUGCUGCUGCCGCCGCCGCCGCCGCCGCUGACACUCGGUUCCGGACCGUCCGCUGCCCUUUGUGCCGCCCGCACAUGUGUCUGCCCGGCGCAUCCGGAGGCGCGCAGACGAGCAUCCACCACGGCCGCCGGGGAGAGAGCGCCCGCCAUGCCCACGGAGAGCCUACAGACAGGUAGCAUGGUGAAGCCGGUCAGCCCCGCCGGCACCUUCACGUCGGCCGUGCCCCUGCGCAUCCUCAACAAGGGGCCCGACUACUUUCGCCGGCAGGCGGAGCCCAACCCCAAGCGACUCAGCGCCGUGGAGCGGCUGGAGGCCGACAAGGCCAAGUACGUCAAGAGCCAGGAGGUCAUCAACGCCAAGCAGGAGCCCGUGAAGCCGGCCGUGCUGGCCAAGCCCCCCGUGUGCCCGGGCGCCAAGCGCGCGCUCGGCAGCCCCACGCUCAAGGGCUUCGGCGGCGGCGCCAAGAGCGAGGGCGGCGCGCCGCGCGAGACCCUGAAGCUCGAGAUCCUCAAGAACAUCCUCAACAGCUCGGAGGGCUCGAGCGCGGGCUCGGGCCACAAGCACGGCGCGCGGAACUGGCCGGCGCCGCGCGCCGACGCGCCCGAGCUGCACCGGCACUCGUUCGCCGAGUCGCUGCGCGUGCGCGCCACGCCGGGCCGCGGCAGCCCGCAGGAGGGCGGCUCGCACGUGGGCCGGCGGCCGCUGGAGCCCGCCGCCGACGCCUUCCUGCACGUGUCGCACAGCUCCUCGGACAUCCGCAAGGUGACGGGCGCCAAGCCCCUGAAGGCCAUCCCCUGCAGCAGCUCCGCGCCGCCGCUGCCCCCCAAGCCCAAGGUCGCCGCCCCGGCCGCGGUAAGGUCCCCCGAGGCCGAGGCGGCCGAGCCGGCCUGCGGGGUGGGCCGGAGACCCUCGCUCCAGCGGUCCAAGUCGGACCUGAGCGACAGGUACUUCCGGGUGGACGCCGACGUGGAGCGCUUCUUCAACUACUGCGGACUGGACCCCGAGGAGCUGGAAACCCUGGGCAUGGAGAACUUCGCCCGCGCCAACUCCGACAUCAUCUCCCUCAACUUCCGCAGCGCCAGCAUGAUCAGCUCAGACUGUGAGCAGUCCCAGGACAGCAACAGUGACCUUAGAAACGAUGACAGUGCCAAUGACCGGGUGCCCUAUGGCAUCUCCGCGAUCGAGAGAAACGCUCGCAUCAUCAAGUGGUUGUAUAGCAUCAAACAAGCCAGAGAGUCGCAGAAGGUGUCCCACGUGUAAGAGGAAGCGCGCGCAGCGGAGGGAGGGGGGUCUCGGUCCGUGCCUCGGCAGUUAUGGAGGUUGUGAAGUCUCCUUGCAGUGUUGUGAGCUUCUCCACUCUCUUUGUGUUGCUUGUUGUUCAAUGUCUUUCAAGUUGCAUGCCCCCCCAACGUGGGGACUGACCUGGCGUCCUCGGCCACCAUCGCUGCAGAGCCUGGCCGAUCGCUCGUCAUCCGCCAGAAGUUCCGGGCCAGAUUCACACUAGGGCUUCGAUCUUCAGCAAAACUGUUUACAAGGAAAACGAUAUACAACUUCUUCAAUAUUUAUGUGGUUCCUGUGUUUUUAUAUCCCGCGCUAUGGUGUCUUAAUUAAAAGUUUUAUCCACUGGCUUUUAAGUUGGGAGUAGCAUCUUUUUGAAAUUAAAAAACAAAAAAGCCAAUCUGCCUACACUGGAGACCGAAACAGUGGGAAAAUAAAUGGGGUCUGCUUACCAAACAGAUAGUGACUGACCCAAGAGAGAACCGGGCUGGGCUUUCUGAGGAAGAAAGUGGGGACCCCGGUGUUAAUCAUGUAGGUAUUGCCAUCCGCUUGCCACGUACUCAAGUAAGGGUUGGGGCGACGGUGCUACGUACGUUUUGUGUCCGAUUCGGUGUGUAAAUGUUGGUGGUUCUGUGUAAUGCUGACCCCAAGGAAAGACAAUCAGAUACAAUGAAGGUGAUUAAAUCCGGAGGUUGGGUGUUGGCGGGCUUUGUUGAUAUUGUUCUGAUUUAGGUUGAUUCAGAAAUUUCCACUGUUAAUCUUUUGACAGAAUGGCCGCCCUAGAGCUGAUACUGAAUGUCUUUUUUUUUUUUUUUUUUAAGUUGGUUUUUUGGUCAAGAACUAAUCCCAUGCGGAUUCUCUUCCCUCCCUUUGUUGUUGUUGUUGUUGAUAAAGGGAGAGAGGAGUGGGGCUUGGGCAGGUGGGAGCUAUCUGAAGACAUGAACACAAACGGAAAUACCAGCCAUAUCGGUAUAGAGCCUCCCAUUCACAAGUCAAUACCUUUGGUAGCUGAACCAGAUCUGAGCAGCUUGACUGUACCCUCACGCAUGUGUUAAUCUGUCAGGCUGUGGACCUUUGUUACGGCUCUAGGAAACUGGAAACACGACUCUAGGUAGCUUUAACAGCCUGUGGUCCCUAGCGCUGCAUAUCAGCUUGUUCCUUUUCCCCCAUAAUCUGUCCUCCAGGUGGUCUAGUUAGGUGUCCAUCAGCUGCUGUAGCGGAGAGGUCCACCUACAGCUUCCUUGCUCUUGUAGACACGCUCUGGCGCUCCCAGCAGCACUGCCUUAGGCUUCAUCAGCUAAUAGGACACUUUCUAUGGUGUAAAUGCUGUAAGACUUUGUACAUACUUCAACUGUUAUGAAAUCUUUAAGAAGAAAAAAGGAAAAGUUACUCUAAUAAAUAGCUCUGGUGCAGGCACUCAUGGUGGUGGUUUCUUUGUCCUUUCCUUUGCUCCCUCCAUGGAACUUUCACCUUGGAUCGUGAGCCAGAAGCAGAUUUUUGAUGGUCUUGAAGGAGCAGCACUUCAUUAAGUUAUUUUCACCAUGACAGUUAUUCUGA